CAAAAAACUGUGAAAAGCAAUAUGUCAAUAAGGAGAUUUUUCGUAAACAAUCAAAUGAAAUUUUAAAUUUACAAGUGCUUUUCGGCCUAGUUGGAGGUGAAAAUGCAGAAUAACUCCCAGGCGCACUUGUUUCAGAUACAGGUCAAAUCCCUGAUCAAAACGUUAAAAUGUCUGCAGUCGGACGAUAAAUACCAGGCGCUACUGUUUCUCAUCUCGGCCAUUAAGUUGUACGUCAAAUUCUUGUACAACGACAACCAAGAGCGGAUUUAUAAGCCAUCAAUACUCAAAGAGUUGAACAACAUCCAGAAUGUGAUUAUUGCAAAUCUUUUAAAGACGCGUAGUGCAGCUGCGGCAACUUGCUCGACGAUAGCUAGCGAAUUACGAACUAGCGUUCGCAACAAUGUUUCCAGUGCGAGUGACAGUGAUGGAAUUUUGUUAGUUCAGCCCAAAUCGAAAACAAUGCUCCACCACAUACCCUAUGAUAUCAAAGGUAAAUUGUUGCGUGGUGGUGUUUUUGACAAUAUCACUGUUUCUAGUGCGGUUCAAAUAAAAUCAUGCAAUCGACACGCAAUCAUAAAUUAUUUCGGUAGCAUCAGACUCAAUCGUUCGCUGGUGCGAUUGAUAGCUUCGCGAAAUUUCAAACUUUUAUUCAACAUGUUCGAGCAGAACAUCUUUCCUACAUGGACCAUAUUCAAAGAGGAACGCCCACUAAGAACUAGAACACGACCAACGAUGCCUGCAGUUUGCUACAGCGGAGGAUCCUCUCAUUCACCGCCGGCAGCCUACAUCAAAAAGGAUGAUUUUGAUUUCGAUCCUCCCUAUUCGCUGGCAGUCGACGAUCCGUGUUUCGAGGAGCUCAAAGACGAGGAUGACGAACUAUUGAUGCUGAAAGAUGACGGGGAGGAAGAGGAUUCCAUUUCCAAUGAAAUCUUCUCAGAGGAAUCCUCCACUAACAACACAUCACUAAUGUUAUCCUCGGAUACGAACACCUUGGACACCAACGAUUCCAAUAUGCUCCCGGGUGAGCGAUGUAAAGAACAAGUUUACCAGUGUCUUUUAUGUGACAAAAGCUAUCGGAAGCGAAAGUCCUUAGUAAUCCAUUUUAGUCAUCAUCCGGGAUUUUGUCCUGAUUGUGGAAAGCAGCGUGGCAUUUCUUCGGAGGAAAUCAUCGAACACAACAGAAUCUACCACAAAAACAGGCCACACAUUUGCGAACAUUGCGGGGAAACCUUCACGCGUAACCAACAGUAUCAAGUCCAUGUGCAGGGUCACUUCAUCAGCAAAGCACGCGUACAGGAGCAAAAUUGCAAGAAAACAUACAAAUAUAGCUGUCGGACGUGUGGCAUUGUUUUCAACAACCAGAAAUAUUUGGAAAAGCAUGUUCAAAAAACCGGACACAAAGCUGACGGAGUGGUUUGCGAAACUUGCGGUGCAUUAUUUUCCUCCAACAUUAAACUACACCAACAUGUCGCUAGGACUCACAAGAAUGAAAAACGAUUCACUUGUGAGCACUGUGCUAAAGUGUUUAAUCAGAAGGCGAAUCUCGAUCGACAUAUGCUUCUUCACACGAACAUCGCCGAGAAGAACUAUCCAUGUGAACAGUGUAGCGCGUCCUAUUUGUCGAUGGCUUCACUGAGAGAGCAUACGAAAAUCGCUCAUAACGGGGACGAAAAGUUUGAAUGCAAUAUCUGCCAAAAACUAUUUGCCGCGAAACGAUCGCUCAAACGCCAUAAACUUUGUCACUCAGAAGAACGACCGUUUCCCUGCACGGUAGAAAAUUGUAAAGAGGCCUACAAGAACCAAUCGCACCUGGCGCGGCAUAUGAAAACAGCCCAUCAUAUCGAUCCGCCACCAAAGCGAAUACAGAAACUAAUCAAAAACGAUCAAGGCGAGUUUAUGCCGCUGGAUCCCAUCGGUACCGGGGAUUCGGUUACCAGUAAGGCAAUCCCAAUGAGAAAACCAGUGACUGGUGCUGGCAGUGACAAAUCAAUCGGCGACAGUAGCACCAAUUUCAGCGACAACUUGUCAACGUUCAACUAUGAUUAUGUUGAUUCUGUUCCGGCGGGUGCGAGCAUAGAUCCAAAUCCGCCACGAAUACACAUGUUAGGUCCAGCCGCCGCCGGUAGAAUAGGCACAGCAGCCCAUUCAAAUUUCAGUGAUCCGAACGUGGGAUACGGUGGAGCAACGGCUAGUGAACAAUUUGAGUGGCAUAAUCUCGAAUUUGGUAACACUAGCGGUGGAGGUAAUGCCCCUGCUCCCCCGCAACAAAGCAUUAGGAUUGAUCAACUGAACCAAGGCUACAUAGAAAGUACUCACAAUACUGGUUAUAUUCCUGGUGAUAUUCCAGUAAUGAGAGCGUAUCCUGACCCGAAUCUCAUAUGUGAACACUGUGAUGAAAGUAAUUUUCUUAACAGUCAACAAUUGCAAGCUCAUGUACAGGAUCAUUUCUCAGUCAAAGACGGCAAGGAUCCUCCUGGAAAAAAAACGCUUCGUUUAUACUGCAAAACCUGCAAUUUAGUAUUUUCAACUAGCCCCCAACUGGAUCGUCAUAUCCAAAAAACGAAUCACCACACCGACAGUAUCGCGUGUGAUCUUUGUAGUGCAAUAUUCAACGCUAAUCUCAAAGUUUAUCAGCAUAUGCUCAAGUGUCACAAGAAUGAGUCCUGGUACGCGUGUGAGCAAUGCUCCAAAGUUUUCAUAUUGAAACAGGAAUACGAUAAACAUCAGUUGAUUCAUCAGACAGUCACCGAUAAGUCUGUCAUUUGCGAGCAUUGCGCAUCGUCUUUCUUCUCACAGGAAGCUCUUAAGGAACAUAUCAAAAUAUCUCACACAGUGGAAAAGAAAUACGAGUGCAACAUUUGCAACAAGCUGUUUGCAGCGAAGCGCUCGCUAAAACGCCAUAAACUAUGCCAUGAGGAAGAAGGUGCAUUUCCUUGUCCGGUCGAGGAUUGUAAGGAAUCAUUUAAGACUCCUACCAGCCUGGCUAAGCACAAGAAAAUGGUACACAGCAUUGGUCCAGAGCCUAGCGAGAAAGGUGCGAGUAAAGGUAAAACCUCAACGGCUGCGAAAGCUGCCAAUGAAAAAUUGCUUCCUGAACCCCCACCGGUUAUGCCAGGAGCGUCUGGUACACAAGGGUUGAGUACGCCUACAGCUAAUGCAGCACCUGGAACAAUAAAACAUGAAUCCCGAACACCUACUAGCAUGUUGGUUCCUCCUUCCAGAACUAGCAGUACGAGUAGCGCAGGCGCUGGGAGCAAUCCAAACACAAUACCGUACGAUCCGUAUGGCACGGGAAUACACUACAAUAAUGUCAUGAGUCAAAACCAGCAGCAGCCUACACAUUUUGGUGUACAAAAUCCGAAUAGUGCCCUCCAUUAUGCAUCGAGUGCGAGUGCGGUUCGAGUUGGAAACGAGCAAACCAUGACAUAUCGAAUAGAGCCUGCCGCCAAUACUGCACCAUAUGGUCAUCCUGCUGGGGCUUAUGGACAAUUGAAUAGUUCUUUCGAGUGGCGAAAUAUGGAACUACGAAACAGUAUUGACCCAACUAUGGGAGCCUCCGGGACCGCUGGACCUACCGUUCAGUCAGUAGCUGCAACAAUGAAAGCUAACAAAUACUACCCAGUGAUGGGAUCCAGUAGCGUCGGAGGCGGUGGUUUUAUUCAAUCUCAACAACAGUCACAACAACACCAAUCCCCACAUCAUCAACCACAACAACAUCCGCAGCAUCCUCAUCAUCAGCCAGCGCAACAGCAAUCACAUCAAACUACUUCUCUCCCAGUGAAGAAAGAACAACCACAGCAACAGGCACAACAGCAGCAAAUAAUGAGUAUGAAUAACCAGGAGUUUAUGGGUUAUCAGGAAAUCUGGAAUGCCAAUGUUGUGAAAAUGGAGUACCAGGACGAUGUGCAACAACGUAUUGUCAAAAUGGAAUACCAGGAUGAUGGCCAGCAAGGAAUGGUGAAGAUGGACUAUCAGGAAGAUGUGAAUAGUCCGAACGUAUCGGGAAACUCGUACAAUAACAUUGGGAACAUUUUAUCUAACCUAGAACUGAUAGGUAACAAUAGUAGUUAUGAGCAAAACUAUGACAUCGUACCACCUGCCGGUGCUAACGACCAACAGCAACCAUCAGUUCAACCUGUUGCCCAAGUACAGCAAGUCCCGCCUAAGAACAAUUAUCAUAAGCAACAGCAUGUUCAUCCACAACAACCAGGCAUGAUGACUGUCGACAAUCAAAUGGUUAGUCAACAUCAUCACCACCAGCAGCAACAGCAGCAGCAGCAGCAACAACAACAACAACAAUAUUUUCAAGAGCACCACUCUCAUCAGGCUCCUCACCAUUCACAUCAGCAACAUCAUGGCCUUCAUCACCAGCAGCAGCAGCCACAUCAGCCACAUCAGCCCCAUCCUGGCCAUCAUACCCAAUUGCACGCCCAUCCUGGCCAACAGCAACAGCAACUUCAGGGAACGCAUCAGCAACUGCAACAUCAGUACAAUGCACAUAUUCCAGCACAUCACCAACAGCAGCAGCAGCAUACUCUUCAUCAUCCGCAUGUCCCCGGACCUCCUGUGGUGCACCAUCCUACCGCUGGUCCAUCAGCAUCCGGGCAUCCCCAUCUACAACAUCCACAUCACCAACAACAGUCACAACAGCAGCAACAACAACAACAGCAGCAGCAGCAGCAGCAACCAGGAAUGAGUUAUCCCAACCAACAAGAUCACACCCUAACGGACAUAUCGAAAACCAAUAAUUUGCAGUUUGUGGACAGCUUUACGGAAUCAAUCGACUACCUUCAACAGUCGUUUCAGUAUGUGUAAUACUGUUUCCAUGCAUUUUUUCACUGAGUUGAGUUCCCCCAAAUUCGAGAUGACUGACUGCUCAGGAGUAGGUGGAUUGUUUUGACCUCUGUUUUCUUUUGUUUCCUGUCUUUGUGUAAUGGUCGUAUGACAAAUUUUCUUGUAACCUUCAGAUCCGUAUUGUGAGCAAAAAAAAAUUUUGUUUUCUUUCAACUCUAUCAGUUAGCAAUUCAAAGUGUUGAUUAUUUUUUGAGUUUAUUUUAGUUAUUUUUUUCUCUUGAGUUUUUGAAUAACAGAUUCUAUCAGCGAAUAAAGUACGAUUGAGAAUUUUGCGAUCCACAGCGCAUUUUACACGGUCAGUACUUCCAUCAAUCUAUUCGAUAUAUCAAUAUAUUUACAAUCAAGUAUUGCUACGACCGACAUCAAUACUCGAGCUAACCUCAAUCUACAUUUCAGCAUCUUAUAUGGUCAAUAUUUUUGUCCAUUUUUGUUCACUUUAAAAUUACACCGGCACAUCAUUGUAAGUUUUGAGAUGAGAUGAGUGAGAUUCAGUGUUGUAAACGGUCGACAUUUCUCUCAACCAUCACAUACUGCUCUUGCUCGAGAGUCACAGCUCAAUAUGUAUCGCGAAUGUGACCAAGAAAGCAUAGCUUGGUUCCAACAGUCACCUCAGAAAUAAACGCACAGCGCAAACACGACAAUCAAUUGAACGUUGAUAUAUUUUCUCGAACGUACCCAGAAGAGCGGUGAAAAUAUGCUAUUUCCAUUCUUCCAUUCGUGCUCAUAACCAUCCUUUAAUCCCGGCUACUUUGACUGUAGUUUUAAUGUCAUUUGACAUUAAAACUGCAGUGGUAUGCGUUCUUCUUCUCUCUUUAUUCUGCAUUCAAGCGUAGCUGCACACAUGCAUCCACCUUCUAACUCACACAUCCAUACACGAUGGAUGAUAUUUAGACGGAUUGUUUAGAUCAAAGCAACCGACAAACUAUUCCCUAUCAAGUGCGAAUGUGUUGAAUGAACGUUUCAAGCGGGGAGCGUUCCCCGUGAACACUGUUGUUUAAUUACGGGACGAUGAACAGCUAAUGAAUAAGACGGAAAAAACCGAAAUGUCAUAUGACAUUUUUGGGUCGACGGUACUUUGACUGUUCAUGUUAUGAUGUUCAUUAAUGACACAGUACAUACGUCUCCAUAAUUAGUGAUACGAUGGUAACCAUUAACAAGACUGGUGAGAUUUCUUUACAACAUAAUUUCGCUAAUCACCACUAAGUACUCCUCCACUUGGUCAAACCAAGCUAGACUCCUUUUCUUCUGUCUGUUUCUUAUUGAGCCCACUCGUUCAGACUUGUGGACUUUUUUGAGCUUGAUUUGGCGUAAAGUUUGGACAUCCAUUAGUUCUUCCUUUUCUCCGUGCCCCAUUUUCCUAUAGUUCGCAGUAGUUUGUUCUGCGCACACGAUAUUUGAAAAAACUAUCUGCUUACGGGUCUUCCUCGAACAUCGUCCGUACUUCAUGCCUAUUUACAUUUACAUUUACAUUCUAUUUCUUGUAUCAAAAGGCCUGUACAUUAGUGCCCUAAUGAUAUCUAAAUCUAAAUAAAGCUUUUCUUGAUGUCUUAGAACGGCGAGGAACAUUGUUUUUGAGAUUUGAGCGAGACAGGGGAAAAUCGAACGAUGAAAAACAUCGGUUGAGCACUCAACACAUACCCGCUACGGGCUCGUUGUGCCCGUAAUUUGUGCGAGAAUGAGGGAUAUAAAUAAAUGUGCAGUAGCGUAGAUUUCGAUAGCAAAUGUUGAAAUUGAUCGUUUGAAGAAGGUCGGGACAGUCGAUGUUCAAGCCCAAUUAAUUUACAGCGGCUCUCGUAGCGAGGAAGAUUUGAGGGAUCAUUCCAAAGCAGAUAACGUAACUCGAAACGAACAAAUUCUCAGUGAAAUCGGAGUUUAGCGACCGCUAUUUCGUAAUUUAUUUUAUCAAGUGCAGUUGAGAAAUCUGUGUAAAUAGCAUCAAUUUGUUGACAUGACUGUAGAGAGCGAGCGACGAAUAAGGUGUAUAGUACAAGAUUGGUCGAUGUAGAUCGCUUGGGAACGAAACCAUGUUGUUGAUGUGAGAUGUAACUACUGUAAGCAUGGAAGAUGAAUUCCAAAAAAAAUAAGUUCAAAUAACUUGGAAAACGAACAAAAUCUGGCGAUUCCUCUGUAAUUCUUGACAUUUUUUUUUGUAGCCUUUUUUGGACACUGGAAUAACGAAAGAAUUUUUCUAUGCUUUUGGAAAAUUUCCACAAACCAGUGAUCGAGAAAAAAAGUAAACUCAAAGGCGACGAUAGACUACUAGAGCACUUUUUCAACACAAUGGAUACGAUCUGGCCCCGGAUUUGUAGAUUUUUUUAUUUCGCGAGCUAGUUGUACUCUGCUAAUAGUAUCAAGACUAAUAGUAUCAAAGGCGCUGACAGAUGGCAGGCGAGGUACAUGUCUUAUUGCUUUGAAAACUUGAUCGUUGUUGGGAUUUUCGCUAACAAAAACGUACCAGAAACAGCGCACAUACUUUCGGUUUGAUGCCUCAACAUUAUUAUGUGUCAUCACGAGAGGCAGUCCGAGCUCCUUUCUCUGUUUAUCUACAUAUUUCAUUUGGACCGAGUCGUAGAUAGAGCUUUGAACGCUAUUCAAAUUAGUACAAAAAAACGUUGUUCAAUCAUUUGUAAUUUUUGUUAGCGAUAUAGUAGCAUUUUCUCAAAAAUCAGUUCGGAAUUUUGAAUAUGUUUUCAACGUAAGUCGUUUUUCUUUUCGAAGACGCUUCUAAUGAUAGUUUGUCCUUGAUAGUUUCCUUAGGAACAAACUGGUCAAUAGCAUAAAUAAGUACAUGAGGCAUGGACAUUGUUGCUCAAUCAAUAUCGCGGUCGUUUAGAAUGUCACUCCAGUCGAUAGUUGAGAUGAAUAUAGGACUACUGGUUCGGUUUGUUAAACCUGAGGAAUUUGUUGAGCUAUGGGCGUGGCAAGACUUCCGUUGACUAUUUGUCUUCGACUCUCAUGGCUGUCAUUAUUGAUUAUUAUUAUUAUACUUAAUUUGUUCCAGUCGGCUUUAGCCUUUCAGGACAUUCGCCGUUUGUCGAAAAUAAAAGGUUUUACAAAUGUAUACAAUAUUAAAAUUACACGUCAUAGUGAAAAAUGAACAAAACCUUGAAAAAUACUUUCAACUUUGAACCAGAUAAAAAUCCGGGUUCCCCCCACAAUAGCAACAGCCGACGGGGAUUUAUUAGUCCAAUCACCUCUCCGAACAGGGCUGCUGCGGAGAUGGACAGCGCGCAUACUGCGAAGAUUGUCUCGUCAGUUAAUCUUACUCGGUACUCAUCAGAAUUAUAUCCAGGCUGCCUGCAGCACCUGCCGCCAGAGGUUCAUCUGUUGAAAUCGGGACCUCUUUAGACAGGGAUGCUACGGGGAAAGUGCGUGUUUAAAUUUCCCAGAACAGAUCGAUUAUUUUCAGGAUCUAUCUGCUUGGAGCAUGGCAUUUAUAUAAGAAUACGGUUUUGCCCGUCGAAAUACGACGUCGUUUAAUCAAUUCUGAAUCCGCCAUGAAAAAAACUACGGACGGUAUUGCCAUCAUUGCUGUUGCCAGAGCUUCCAGGCUUUGGUUUGUCAAUGAUGAGAUCCAUUCAAGUUUUGAAGCUUUCCUAAAUGUGAAAAUUCCAUUGAUUGGGAUUGCUGGGAUGAAAUACCGAUUUGUUCUUACCUGUUUUUUGUGGCAUGACAUGUGUUGUUUUCGCCAGCGCUUGAAUCCCAGCCGAUAUGAAAUAUGAUUCAUGCAUUUAAAGCAACCUAUCCAACUAUGUUAAACUUCGAUAUUGUAACUUUACAAGCAUAGCAGCGUUGCGCAGAAAUUGUAUUUAUUAGGGAUUUGACGCGUUUCAUUGUGAGGAGUAAUGAGAAUGAAACAAUGCCUUUACUGCUUUUCAUCAUUAACUCCCAGGGCUUUAACUCAUUAAUUUCAUUUUACUUUUUAUAACUUUUUAAUGAUAAAUUUUGUUACGUUUAGCCCAAAUUUAUAUUUUAUCCGCUACAGAUUAUUGUAAUACGAAAAUUUUCUUCAAUGGAUUAUUAUGGCUUUGAUUCAAUUAAAUCCUAGAUAAACAUUCAAUAUUAAAAAAAUAAUAAAAAAUGCUAAAACGACAAUUUGUGCAGUUUUGCGCUACAGUGUUCAUUUGAAAGUUUAUGGUUUUACCCAAAUUUUGUGUGUGUUUGUAUUGAGCUGUUUUUUUUACAAAAAAAUCCCUGUUUUUCAUUAUUUUUUUUCUGUCGGGCUUAAUAUGAUCAAAUUUUACAUUAUCUUAUAAAAGAGGUUUGUUUUGUAUAGUUUUUCGAGCAACCCUUCCGUUGAUGCAAAAAAAAAUGUAAGCAGGCCCUAUUAUGUACAUCGAAUUGAGAAGUCGAUACAAUCACUAUCGCUAUCACACUGAACAAAAUUUCGUAUUUUGGAAAUCGAGAUAAUUGCUUACCGAGCUCGAAUUUUAUGUGUAGCAAUUGCAUAUAUUUAAGCGUUUGUGAAAUGUUUCCCAAAGGAAAAUAUCAGCGACGCAAACCAAAACAAAAUAAUUCUUUGAAAAUAUGCAACAAGCAAACCAAACAACUCGAAAAGUUCUGACAGUUGCACCGAUAGCUUCCACUGGGUCGAUGCUAUCGAUAUCGGUAUCUAUAAUAGCAAAAUAAAGAAAUUCUUAUCGUCUCGAUUUCUAUAAUAGGGCCCAUCAUUGAAGCAGCAGAGCGUUUCGAAGUGAUGUAAUGUAAUGUAUUUCUUUCAUAAAAUUGUCAAAAAGCGUCAGUAUGUCAGUCUUUGAAAAGUCAUGAAAAAAUUAUAUUUCGUGAUAUUACAUCUAAAUUUGGGAUUUAAGCACUUGAAGAUUAUAGCAAGGAAGGAAAAAUUUUACGAAACAGCUGAGGUAAUUUCCGUUUUUUCCCUGAUGACCAGCGAUUCUCUACUGUGCACCGGGAGGAACUCUCUAGUGUAACACAAUGUUAACGAUAGUUGCAUUUUUAAAGUUCUUAGAGAUGUCAGUCGAAUGAACGAUGUUCGUUGUGAACGCCUGUGCCGGUUUACCAACCUUCGCCAGUGUGUUCGCCCGCUCGUCGCCACGAAUUACCGGAAACCCAAACAAAGUUCCUCGGUGCGCAGUUCAACUCUACUGUCUGAAUGAACUCCGUGACACCGUGAAUCCGGACUAUAUAUACACGAAUUCUUACUCCAGCUUAAAACUAAAAGGGAGAGAAAAUAUCUCCCUUUCCUACUCAGAUAACAGAAACCAUAUCGGUUAUCUGUCUGCCUAUUUGCUACAUAAAACUCAUCCCAUGACUUCCAUCCUUCGCUAUCACUAAAGGGGCUCAAUAUGGUGAAGAUUUUACGACCUAAUUAUUUGCUGACUGCCAGCAAAUCUAUAUUUUCCUGUUCUUAUCCUCCACUACGCCAACAGUGUGGGAUCCUGAAUCAACAUUUUUGUUUAUUUGCCCUAUUCCUUCUCUGUCCUUCGCGCUCAUUCCAUGCGCGAUAAAAGGCAAGACCUAAACAAAAGAAUUUUUAUCACCUCUCGAGUGGCCCAUACAGCGCUCUCGCCUUGAGUCUUUUCAAAACAUGCUUCCCACGAAGAGGGUUAAAGUGGGAAACAUCUAGCUAAUUGCCGGCAAUAAAUAUUUACUUCUAUUCCUUCGUAUAAUGCGCUAUCUCUGCUAUACAAGGAUUGAAGUAAAGGAAACGAAGCAUGUGGUUUCCUCUUGCUGGCAUUAUUUUGUUUUUCAAAUGCGCGUUUCGCUACAAAUUUGAUAUUUGAUUAUUUUAAUUCAUUUUUAGCCCUGCUAUCUAUGCUGGGUCCGUAACAUGACCCAAGCCGCCAAGAUGACGCGAUCCGAAUCGACCGCCGACCAGCCGUUGCAAGAAAUAUAUUAGAAAUAUUUUCUAUCAAUUCAUCUUUGCGAUCUAUCAAUUACAACGUUUGAAAUAUUGCACUGUUUCCCACAUGUUCGGUGCCUAGAUUUUCAUUUUACCCCCUAUAUCUUCAUUUCUAUGAUAGGGCCCAUAAUUUUGUUCCACGUUGUAUGCGAAAUUCGACUGGUGUUAUAGAAAUUGUACAAAAAAUAUCUUGGUCACUUGAUUUAUUAUUUCGCAAAUUAACGUGAAAGUGAAACAGUUUAAACUGAUUUCAUCAACGAUGAUGAUCAUUACCGUCUUGAAAACAAUAAAACAAUUUAUUCAUUGAAAAUCUUCUUCCAACAAUUCAUCUGUAAUUGUUGUUGAUUCAAUGUUGAGUUUAGAUAUAUCACUCAUCCACGAAAAAAAAAUGCGUUUCACAUAAACAAUAACGUACCAUCAACGUCAACAUAAAGCUGAACUCAGAGCGCCAGGUUUGCAUCACUUCGUGUCAGCUGUCAAGGCUUGCUGUGAUCGCCUGUAUCAACGCCUGACCCAAGAUGGUGGAGUUAACAGGUGGCUCUUAAUUUACACUAUUUAGAAAAGACGUAUGAGGAAUGGCAAGACGAAAAGUUUGGAUUUGUUUUUGUUAUUACUUACGUUGGUAUGGUUACAUUUGAUUUCGUCGAAGGUAUUUGAAGCAGUAUAAUAAAUAAACAGUUGUCGUUGAAAAUAGUAACCUAGUAACCUUUAUGCAUAUGCUUCCGCCAGCUGGCUCGGCUAAUGUGAUUAAGGGAGUGCUUUGAUCGUGGUACCGCCACUGGCGCAUAAUUUGCAGCUUUGUUUUUUGUGCUGGUUCAUAACGACAACCAACCGUGCCGGCGAAACUGUUGUCAAUGUUUAGUGUUGUUUGGUUACCAUCUAUGUAAAUAAGCUCAAACUUACGGGAUACGUCCGAACGGCAAUUCUGACAUUACGUUUUACCUUCCACUUCACUUUCCUUGGCCUGACCCACAACGCUGUAUUCUAAGGCCGAGGUGACAUUGGAUCGGAGUACGCACGAAAAUUUGAUUGUACGAUCUGAUGAAGAGAAACAAACUAUUUUGUUCGUAGAAGCUGUCGAAUUCGAACGAAGCAAAGGAGGAAGCAAUGAGCCUUAGGCCGCGGUGACACUGCUUGCAGCUAUUGAUCGUGAGAAGUAAACAACUACAUAGAAUUGUAUUGGUGUGGUUACAUUGCUUCAUUCUCGCUUCGUUAGAAUUCGUCUGCUUCAAGCGAACAAAAUACAUAGUUUGUUUCUUUUUGUCAGUUAUCGUGCAAUCGAAUUUUCGUGCGUACUCCGAUCCAAUGUCACAUAACCUAAGCCGGCCUAAACCCAUCUUAACUUUUCGUUGACGUUGCAAUUUGUAUGUGUGUCGCACUCAAUUCAUUAAGUAUCUUCAUGGUUAAAAUUUAUAAUCGAUAACAUAUAAGGACACCACUUCAAAUCUCACCUAGGGAUGGAACUAUUGUCGCGCCAUUCGCCUACGGGAAUGUAGUGAUUCGAGCUACCUCACGUCGUUCGCCGCGCGGAAUAAAGGGGAUCUGGUCAUUUUCAAUUGACUAAAUCGAAUGUUAAAAAAGAUGCUCGAAUUCAUAUCGCAUAGGUUAACAGAUCUAGGAGAAAGAAAACACACAAACUGAAUUAUUUUUCUCGUACAAUCUCAACUCACCACUUAGUCUCGAGCAUGUCAAAGGUCCUAUUUCGAAGAAACAAAUGUUCCGUACUGUAACCAGCUGUUUGAAUUGUCCUUCGUCAAUUUAAGAAAGCAAAUUCGCCGCUUUAAUUUUACUCCAUAUCCACAUCAAGCAUCUAGUUAGUGUGUAAGAGAACUACGAAUGAGCAUAAUACAUAAGAUUUCAUCACCAUCAAACUACAAACUACAAUAUCCACACAUCCAUCAAAAUAUAAGUUCACAGAGAUUUUUUUUGCAUAUAUAGCUUAUAGGAGAACAGUAAAAAAACAAGGCAUAUUUCAACACGACACAGAUCACAGUGACCGAAACACGGAAUACAGCAUAUAUUAUUUGAUUAGAUGAGGAAAUGUAAGUUUUAAGUAUAGGAAGCACCAAACGAAUGCGUGUGUGCGUGACGGAUGAUUGAGACCAAUAAAAUAGAGGUUUAUAUCGGUGUGUCCGAGUAUUAAAUACGAGUAUGUGGUAUCGUGGUGUAGUCGAGCGAGUUUUUUAAACUAUGAUAAACGAUAGUUUUUACCUUUCGUAAAUCAAUAUGAUUAAGAGAAUUUAAUAAAAAAACGAGAUGAGAACAAAUUCUAAUAAUUGAAGAAAAAAAACAGAAAAAAAACGGGAUGAGAUGCAAAAUUUAAAGAGACAGGAAAUGUUAGAAAAGAGAAUUGUAAUUAUAAUAUUAACAUGUAAGUGUUGAAAAAUUGAGUACUCCUUGUAUUAGCACCACAAUUUAACUGUGGAAAGGAGGCACUUAUGCAAGCAGAGAAAAAAGGUAUGUUUAAUCAGAGAGACAUAAUAUAUAUUUAAAUAUCCGUACAGACGGAAAAAAGGCACAUGUGAAGUUUUAUUGUAACAUUGUUGGCGGUACGCUUUAAGUCAACAGUAAAAUAAAAAAUGUAUAUCUCAAAGUUUUACUAAUAUAUCUCAGACAUUGAUUUUUUUUGCAUAAACAUGCGUAAUUGAAAAGAGAAAAAAAUGAACACACAUACAGAAAUAUUUGCUAACAGUAACCAGAAAAUACACACAAAAGCAUACUGUAAUAAAUAAUAUACUUGGAUAAAAAUAAUGUAUUGAUAAACAAGUGAACAAAACUAUUGAAAAAAAACUAUUAUAUACACAACACAUUUAUUAUAUUAUUGAUUAUUAUUAUAUAAUUAUUACUAUUAUUAUUGCAAAUAAAUGCUAAAAUAAUUGUGAUUA